AUGUUGAGAAAAGCAUCUCCUGUUCUUGGCUGCCAGUCAAUCCCCUGCUUUAUCCUUUACCUAACACAGAGGGCACGAGCCCUGCCACCUGCAGCCCAGGCUGCUGAGCUGCAGGCCACGGAGGAUGCCAAACUGCGUCUGGAGGUCAACAUGCAGGCCAUGAAGGCCCAGUUUGACAGAGACCUGCAAGCCAGAGACGAGCAGGGAGAGGAGAAGAGGAAACAGCUGGUUAAACAGGUGCGUGAGAUGGAGGUCGAGCUGGAGGAUGAACGCAGGCAGCGUACUCAGGCCCUCUCAUCCAAGAAGAAACUGGAGAUGGACCUGACUGAGCUCGAACUCCAGAUCGAUGCUGCCAACAGGGGCCGUGAUGACGCCCUCAAACAGCUGAAAAAACUCCAGGCCCAAAUGAAAGAUCUGAUGAGAGAGCUGGAUGACCUGCGUUUGUCCAGAGACGAAGCCGUCAAUGCGGCCAAGGAGACAGAGAAGAAGCUCAAGGCCAUGGAGGCAGACGCCCUGCACUUCCAGGAGGAUCUGGCCAAUGCAGAGAAACUCAAGAGACAGGUUCAGACCGAGAGAGAUGAGCUCCAGGACGAGCUUAACAGCAACAACACCAAGAAUACUCUGCUGGCAGAUGAGAAGAGGAGGCUGGAGGCUCGUAUCACCCAGCUGGAGGAGGAGCUGGAGGAAGAGCAGCUGAACACUGAGAUGGUCAACGAUCGUCUGAAGAGAACCACUCUGCAGGCUGAGCAGUUGACCACAGAGCUAUCUGCAGAGCGCAGCUCCUCCCAGCGGCUGGAGGGGACUCGCUCCCAGCUGGAUCGCCAGAACAAGGAGCUGAAACUGAAGCUGCAGGAGCUCGAGGGAACCAUCAAGUCCAAAUAUAAAUCCUCCAUCACCACCCUGGAGGCCAAGAUCGCUCAGCUGGAAGACCAGCUCGAUAUCGAGUCAAAGGAGCGUCAGCAGGCCUCCAGGCUGGCCAGGCGGACAGAGAAGAAGCUGAAAGAAGUGAUGAUACAAGUCGAUGACGAGAGGCGCAACACAGAUCAAUACAAAGACCAGGUGGAGAAGACAAACAGCCGAAUGCGUCAGCUGAAGCGUCAGCUUGAGGAGGCAGAAGAGGAGGUGACACGAGCCAACGCCUACCGCAGGAAGCUGCAGAGGGAGCUGGACGAUGCCACUGAGUCAGCAGACGUUAUGAACCGUGAAGUCAGCACCCUGAAGAGCAAGCUCAGGCGUGACUUGCCCUUCAAUGUGCGGCGUAACACGAAUCGCUCUGGUCUGGACAGCGACGAGGAAGUGGACGUGCAGACCGAAGUGUCUGAGCCUGCAGCUGAGUGAACGUAAGAGUGCCAGGAGGGAAAUAUUAUAACGGCCGCAGUCAGCAUGCAGACAUAGUUAAAAACGUUAGCCAUGCAAGCUAUUAAGUAAGUCUCUUCCUGAGAGGAUCUAGCCUCGUAUUCCCCUUGACAAUCAUCUUAUAGCCUUACGGUUACUUUCCAUAUAACACAUUUAUAUUUGGCCAAAUAAUCAUAUCCAUGUCAGUGAAUGGUGUUUUUCUACAAAAGCUUUACACAUACUUUUCUUGGUCUAUUUUUCUACUUAAUGGGUAUAUUUUAUCAUAAAAUAUUCCUCUAACAAGCAGUUUCAUUUUAUUUGUGCUUGAGGUUCAUGUGCUGUUACUGUACCUGUUUUGAGGGGAAAACACUGUACAUUUUAAUGCUUGUUUUGCACACAAAUGUGUGUCUUUUUGGGAGAUGUGAUGCAGUUUCCAGACUGUAGUUCACAUUUGCUAGUGUCAGUAUGACUCUGUAUCUGUACUGUAUGCUUUUCCUCUCACUGUGUUAUCCUUCUAUGUUAUUACCUAAACCAAUUUUGCACAAUGCCAACACAAAUGAAACAAACACGAGCGUGGAAACUGUCCAGUUCAUCAGUGACAGUCAAUGUUGGUGUAAAUGUUGAUACAGAUUUUGUACCAUCAUCUAUGAUAAAGUUGUUUGAUGUAUGUAUUCUCACUGGUUUUACACUGUAUUAACUGUCGGUGGUGGGUCAUCAUGUAGUAGCUCUCACUGGUCUAUGUUUUGUGCUUUGCUUUGCACAGCAGAGCAGGUUUCUAUUGGCACAUUAGCCUCUGAAUGUUGAGUUCAAACCUGCAUGUUUUAGAUUGAAUAUGAUACCCUAACUCUGUAUUAUCAAAGUAAUUACACGUCAUGUUGAUGCCAAUAUGAAAAGGCUAUUCUAUAUUGUAUCAAAUGCCUUAAUGCAAUAAAUUGACAAACUAUC